AGACGGAGCACCGUGUAUCCGAGGAGCGGAGGGGUGUGAUGCCGGUGACCGGGAGGACUCAGUGCCGCCGCCGCCGUCGGAGCGCUCUGCCCGGGGUUGGACUCCAGUAGAGACCGCGCUGAGGAGCACGAGAGAAGCUUUUAUGUUAAAGGAGCAAAGUGGCUGCCCGGAGCCCGUCACCAUGCGGGUCCUGUUGAGCGUCCUGUACCCCGUCCUCUCCCUCACGGUCUUCGGAUUAUAUCCCUCUCUGACUAUCGGGCCAAAGGAAGGCUGGCAGGUGUACAGCUCGGCCCAGGAUGCCGAUGGGCGCUGCAUCUGCACAGUGGUGGCACCAGAACAGAGCCUGUGCUCCAGAGAUGCCAAGAGCAGACAGCUCCGCCAGCUCCUGGAGAAGGCACACACAGCCUCACCAGGGAAACCCAUCAAAGUGUCUUUCAAUUUGUUGCGGCGAAAAUAAAGGAGCAAAGGGAAGUCAUCCUCACUUCACUAGCCAAGUUUAUACUAUUCUAUACUAUACCAUAUCAUACUAUACCAUACCAUGCCAUACUAUAUUGCUAAAUGUCGAUUUGUGAAUAGUAACCCUGUUUGGGAUGAUUAUUUAUCAUUGUUUUAUUCUAGGUGCAGAACAUGUCUCAGUCCAUUGAGGUGCUGAACCUUCGCACUCAGAGGGAUUUCCAAUAUGUCAUGAAGAUGGAAAACCAGAUGAAGGGCCUGAGGACCAAGUUCAGACAGAUUGAGGAUGACAGGAAAUCCAUCAUAGCCAGAAACUUCCAGGAGCUUACGGACAAGAUGGACGAGCUGAAGCCCUUGAUCCCUGUACUGGAGCAGUACAAGAUGGAUGCUGCGCUUAUUUCCCACUUUAAGGAGGAGAUCAGGAACCUCUCAGCAGUGCUGACAGGCAUCCAGGAGGAGAUCGGGGCCUUUGAUUACGAUGAGCUCUAUCAGCGAGUCCUGCGCCUGGACAGCAGGCUCCGCAGCUGUAUGGGCAAACUAACAUGUGGGAAAUUAAUGAAAAUCACUGGACCUGUUACAAUAAAGACAUCUGGAACCCGGUUUGGGGCAUGGAUGACUGAUCCUCUAGCAUCAACCAGAAACAACAGGGUUUGGUAUAUGGACAGUUACACUAACAGCAAGAUUGUGCGUGAGUACAAGACAAUGGACGACUUUGUAGCAGGGGUGGUUUCCCGAACCUACAGCCUCCCAUUUAAAUGGGAGGGAACCAAUCACAUGGUCUACAAUGGAUCGCUCUACUACAACAAGUACCAGAGCAACAUUAUUGUCAAGUACAGCUUCGAGACAGGCAGCGUGCUGGCUCAGCGGGCUUUGGAGUUCGCCGGCUUCCACAACAUGUACCCGUAUACAUGGGGGGGAUACUCCGACAUCGAUGUCAUGGCUGACGAGCUGGGAAUGUGGGUUGUGUACGCGACCAAUCAAAACGCUGGAAAUGUCGUCAUUUCCCAGAUAGAUCCCGACACCCUGCAGGUGCUGAAGACCUGGAACACCGAAUACUCCAAAAGGAAUGCGGGUGAAUCGUUCAUGAUCUGUGGGACGCUCUAUAUCACAAACUCUCACCUGUCAGGUGCAAAGGUUUACUACGCUUACGCCACAAAGACUUCAAGUUACGAAUACAUAGACAUUCCUUUCCACAAUCAGUACUUUCAUAUCUCCAUGCUCGACUACAACGCCAGAGAGAGAGCACUGUAUGCCUGGAAUAACGGACACCAGGUAAUAUUUAAUGUCACCCUCUUCCAUGUCAUAAAAACCGAUGAUGACUCUUAGACACGACACUUUUCCAACCACAACUAAAGCACCGUCAUUUGUGAGACAAUACCUCCUAAUUGACCAUGUUUUCUUUUCUCAAAAUGGACUAUGGUAUCUUUACUUUCCACUCUUUCUGAACUGAGCAUGGACACUGAUGACUUGAUACCUUACUGGAAAACAUGUUAUACAUUUUUUCCUUCUUUUUUUUUAUUUGCUGGUGAUCAGACUGGAAUGCCUUAUUUGCUUUGUUGGGUCUGCCAAGCGAACACUCUAGAAAGCUUUUGCAUGAAUGUCCACAUUUUGUCUGCAGUGAUUCCCUAGCAUAUAGCUGUGUUAUGUUGCAAAUUUGUUCAGCUGACAGUGUUUGCAUUUUUGUCUAUUUAAAAGUAUAUUUAAAACUAUUUAAACCGUAAAGGCAAACAACUUCUUCAUAUUUGCUACCACAUUAAGCUAGCUGAUUAUAAAAUGUAGUGGCCAUUCUUUUAAAGAUGGGCCUAUAAGAUAUUGCUGUCAUGUAUGUAACUGUAAGAACAUUUGUAUUUUUUAUAAAAACAAAAAGCAUAAGUGAAUAUAUGUGCAUUUUCAUUCAAAAUUAAAAAAUAUUGUACAUUUCAUUAAAAUGGUUUUGGCUAGU